AAUUUUGCAAGUGGUUCUGAUUUACUAUCGCUGUUCUCUAGCUGGUCUAAAACCGCUUUUGACCUAAAGGGACACUUUUUGGACGCCAUGGACUUUUCUCAGUUUCCAGGCAGAAAGAACAGUAAAAAUGCAGGCAGGGCACAGGACAAAGCACUCGGGACAAAAUGUAUGUGAAAUGGUUUGAUACAUGAAUGUCACUAUUUCACAUUAUUGAAUUUCCUGCCGUUCCGUCCCCCGUACGCCCUGACGCUCGCAGGGAACGGAACCCAGAAGGCGGAUGCCGGCAUCGGCCGGGGACACUGCAGGAGGGACAUCGCGGGAG